AUGCCUGAUAAACCAAAUCACCGUCAUUUAUAUAAACGUACUAGUAUUUCUGGGUCUUCUGAUGAUAUUCGACGACGACGACAAGCUAUCAAUGAUACUUUACGAAAAAAACACCGUGAACAACUCAUUACAACGAAAAGAUACAGACAUCUUACGAGGAGAGAAGAACAAAGUGCUGGUGAAUCUGAAACUGAUGACGAUACUAUUCUUGCUCCUGAUAAUGAACACGAUGAAGAUAUUGAUCCCUAUUAUCGAUUGAAUACAGCUCAAGUACAAUCCUUGGCUCAAGAUCUCAAAAGUACUGAUAAGAAGAUUCGUUUAGAUGCUAUUCAUUAUUUGGCCAAAUUUGUAGUUGAACCUGCUGAAGCACUUAUGACUUAUAUUGUAGAAGGGAAUUGUAUGGAAACCUUAACACAUUUAUUAUCAAGUGCUGAGGUGGAUGAACAAAUUGAAGUAGUUAAAACUAUAUCAAAUAUCGCUGCUGGAGCUUAUGAUCUAUGGGCCAAAUCCAUCUGUAUGGUGCCUUAUUUAAUUACUUUAUUGGAUUCAGAAAAUAAUGUUCUUCGCGAAAUGGCAGCUGGUGCUUUAGGAAACAUGGCUGCAGAAGAUUUAGGUGAUAUGACAAAUGAAGAUGAUGAAGUCCGUGCUAGAAUUCGAAAUAAUGGUGCCAUCUUACCUUUGGUUCGAAUGUUGGAUUCUGAGGAACCACGUACUGUACAAUAUGCUUGUUUUGCAUUAGCUAAUCUUGCAAGGGGUGAUGAAGCAUCUCUUCAAUCAUUUAUAGCUGCUGGUAUCGACAAACAUCUAUUACAUCAUUUGUUAAGAGAAACGGCUGAUACAGUAACAGAAAUUUGUUGGGUGAUGAGCUUUUUGACAGCUGGAAGUAAAGAGUUUAGAGACCAGGUAAUGCAAGAAGGAUUCAUUCAACCAUUGGUCAAGAACUUGAAUAAUUCGGCGGAUCAAGGUCCCAUUGUACUUCCCAUUUUACGAACAUUUGGAAAUUUGGCUGCGGGUCCUGAUGAAAACACUGAACUUUUGAUCCAACAACAACCUUUCCUGUCUACUUUGCUCAAGUUACUCAAAUCAGAUUCUAGGGUGAUUAAAAAGGAAACACUUUGGGUCAUGUCUAAUAUUACAACAGCAAACCGGGCUUACAUUAUUGAACAAGUGGAUACACCAGAAACAAUAGCACAACUUUCUGAUAUGGUACAAACUGGACAUUUUGAAAUUCGCAAAGGGGCCGCUAUUUGCUUAUUGAACAUUGCUCAUCAUGGUCAGAAAUUCAUGGAUAAUUUGAACCAUAGAACAUUACUGAAAGCCUUUCUGGAUUUUAUUAAAUCUCAAGAUGCAGAACUGAUUCGUUUAGGAUUAGGUUAUGUGCAAAUGCUUUUGACAAGGGUAUCCAAAGGAAAAGAAAUAUUGGAUGAUACACCAAGUUGUAUGGAUGCUUUGGCCUCGGUGAAUCCUGCUCCUGAUCCAGAACUCUAUGCGCUUGCCAACCAAAUUGUUGAUCAAUACUAUGAUGAAAAGGAAGAUCUACCAAGCAUGGAUGAAGCAUAGUUUAGUUUUUUUUUCUCUAUUGAUUGGUUGUAUUUGUUGAUUUAGUUUUGAUUUGUAGUAUAUAUUUUUCUCUAUCAAUAAAGACCACUUUUAGCUCGAACACUU